AUGGAGCGGGCCGGGGCUCGGGGACCGAGUGGUAGCCGCCGCCCGCCCGGGGUCCGGCUCCGGCUGGCUCUCGGGCUGGCGCUGCUGCUGGCGCGGCCACCGUCGGGCCGCGCGGGGGCCCCCGAGGCGGAGGAGCCCGCGGCGCCCAGCACGGCGGCCCCGGCGGGGGGCGACCGCUGCCGCGGCUACUACGACGUGAUGGGCCAGUGGGACCCGCCCUUCAACUGCAGCUCGGGCGCCUACAGCUUCUGCUGCGGCACGUGCGGCUACCGCUUCUGCUGCCACGACGGGCCGCGCCGCCUAGACCAGAGCCGCUGCUCCAACUACGACACUCCCGCCUGGGUGCAGACCGGACGCCCGCCCGCCCGCGCCCGCGACGCCGCCGCACCCCGAGACCCCGGCCGCGAGCGCAGCCACACGGCCGUCUACGCGGUGUGCGGCGUCGCCGCGCUGCUCGUGCUGGUGGGCAUCGGGGUGCGCCUGGGCCUGGAGAGGGCGCACAGCCCGCGCGCGCGGCGCACGGUGACCAGGACUCUGACAGAACUUCUGAAGCAGCCCGAGCCCCAGGAACCCCUGCCUCCACCUCUGGGCCCGCCCCUGGGUAGCUGUGUCCAGGUGCAGAUGGGCGAUGGCCUCCCCCGAGGGUCCCCCCACAACAGCACAGACAAGAACCGCCUCAACAAUGCGCACCUGGGCUCUGCCACCCCGGGGCCCCUGCGUGGCCCCCGGCAGCUGGGCGGCGGCAGCGUGACACUGCAGCCUGACUACGCCAAGUUCGCCACCCUCAAGGCAGCUGCGCUCAAGACUGCAGAGGCCGCGCCCCAGGACUUCUACCAGCGUUUUCCAGCCACCGAGCCGCAGCCUCCCGAGGAUCUGCCCGCGCUACUCGACGCCUGCCCCUGGGCCCCGCCGGGGUACGCGCCCCCCGCCUGUCCCGCCCCACCUGGCCCUUACGCGGCGUGGACCGCAGGGCGCCCCGCCCGGCCCGCCCCCCGUGGACCCCCGGCGGCCCAGGCUUCGCCCGCAGCUCGGCGGCCCGGCCACGCGCCUCGGCGCCAGUUCAGUGUGGAGAAGCUGCCUGAGGCCUUCAGCGCACAGCACCCCCGCCUUUACGGCGGUGCGGGCCGCGGGCCCCGGCACCUGAGCACCAACAGCAAAGCCGAGGUCACCGUGUGAGGCAGUCUUCGAUGCUCUCCGGGGCCCAGACUGGACUGGAGGCAUUGGGUCCUGCAGGGCGGGGAGGGGGCCAGUGGUUCCAUCCUCGGGGCCACACAGUUCUCGCUCCCCAUGUAAAUAAACCCUUUAAUGUGGUUUCUGCCCCAA